AACCACAGCAAGAAAAUUAGAAAAAAGUGGCGUUUUUUAAAAAACACAAUUGUCCAUCUCUUCAUCACUGCUGCUGUCAGUGGGUCACAUUUUUGCGCAAAUUUAUUUUGAUGGUGACACUAAGUCAAGAAGAAAGGACCAUACUGCAGUUCUUCAGGAACUGUUGAUGGGUUGUUGCAUACUGCAACAAAUGCGGAAGUUAUUUUCUGCACGUUUAUCCGUUGCUUGAAACAUUACGGUCUUUUUUUAUCAUGGGAAUUUUCUCGCGUAAAGAUAGUCGAAUGUGAAUUGGUUUACAAAUGCAGCUGGCAUACAUAUACAGACUGUAUAUACAGACUGCCACUGGUCUCGUAUUGUAUGUUAAUGACUCUUGUCAGUUCACCACGGUCCCUAUACGUGUUCAGCCUCCAAGUUUGCCGUGGUUCCUUAUACAGUUCGGCACUGUAAUGUUGAUCCUGUUAACCGCGGUCUCUUACAAUGUUCCUGUGUUUAUCCAGUGGGUGUUUAUCGCGGUCCCUUAGUGUUCAUCCAGUGGGUGUUUACCGCGGCCCCUUACAAAUGUUCACCCAGAGGAUGUUUACCGCGGUCCCUUGUAAAUGUUUAUUCAGUGGAUGUUUACCGCGGUCCCUUGUAAAUGUUGCUCCUGUGGGUGUUCACCGCCGCCCCUUGUAAAUGUUGCCCCUGUGGGUGUUUACCGCCGCCCCUUGUAAUGUUGCCCCUGUGGGUGUUUACCGCCGCCCCUUGUAAUGUUGCCCCUGCGGGUGUUUACCGCCGCCCCUUGUAAUGUUGCCCCUGUGGGUGUUUACCGCCGCCCCUUGUAAUGUUGCUCCUGUGGGUGUUUACCGCCGCCCCUUGUAAUGUUGCUCCUGUGGGUGUUUACCGCCGCCCCUUGUAAUGUUGCUCCUGUGGGUGUUUACCGCCGCCCCUUGUAAUGUUGCUCCUGUGGGUGUUUACCGCCGCCCCUUGUAAUGUUGCUCCUGUUGACCGCCGCCCCUUGUAAUGUUGCUCCUGUGUGUUUAUCGCCGUCCCUUGUAAUGUUUAUCCAGUGGGUGUUUACCGCCGCCCCUUGUAAUGUUGCUUCUGUGGGUGUUGACCGCAGUCCCCGCAGUGGUUGCCGCGCGGGGCCCGGUCAGUGACUGUUGUUUUGCGCCUCACCUCAAACUGCGUUCGCGUGUCACGCACGCGCCGUGCAUAGCGAUAAUCACGUCUGACUCGCGCACAGUACACGUGGCCAGAUCACCAGAAAUGCGCCAAGUCUCGUCGUCAGGGCUCGGCAGGGGAUGGGUUAUCACCACUGCGUGACACGUCCAAAUAGGCUUAAGGGCUGCGCUAUCGGCAGAAGGCUGCCCACGUUAAAACAUCCGUUGUUGCAGAGUACUGUGCUUACACGUCUACGCAGCACGCCUUCAACAACCUGCACUGAACGAUGAGAGCGAGUGCUCCGCUCAGGCGGACUGGCGCAGCCUUCUCGAGCGUCUCCGCUCACCGGUGACAAUGCGGUUCAAGCUGCGGGCGCGGCUGCGCUGCACGCCCUUCAAGAUCCUCAUCUUCCUGCUGCUCGUUGUCAUGCUCGCGCUGCAGCUCACCUACCUCGUGCUGCUGCUGCGCAUGGACGGCCGCGGCGACGGCUCUUCGCCCCUGCCGCUGGCGGCCGCUUUCCUUGGCGCUAUCGUGCGGCGUUCGUCUGAACCGCUGAUCGUGGCCAAUGGGAGCCUCGCCGGGGACCCCCAAGAGGCCGCGAAUGCGUUGAGGGCGGCGCUGGUCGCUGCCGGCGGUGCCCCCGCGCUCGAUGCCAGCAGCCGCUUUGCCAUCUUCAGCCGGCUCCUCGCGCCGGAACCGGCUACGGACGGCGCCGGCGACACGUGGCAUGAGCUGAGUCUGGCGACCCACACGUCCGUCAAUGGGCUGCACCACCUGGAGGUGCUGCUGGAGCGAUGGGAAGGGCCCGUGUCGGUUGCCGUCUUUGCCUGCGCCAACGACACAUGGCUGGCGCUCGCCGCCAUCGCGGCGGUGCGGGGUUGCUCAAAGAAGGCGCGCGACAACGUCGCCUUUCACCUGGUGGCGUCGGCCAACGCGGGGUUCUCGUCCGCGGCGUGGGGCGAUGCCGUGGUGUGGGCAGAUGCUGGAAAAGGGCACCGCUGGGUGGCGCCGAAGGUCGGUGCUGGCUGCACUGAGGUGUUCGCGUGGCUCGGCAGCGAGGCGGUGCAGGGCGCACGCAGGAACUACGCGCUUGAUGGCGGCGUGCCCUACCCCAACAACCUCCUGCGCAACGUGGCACGAGCCGGUGCCCGCAGCCGGCACGUGCUCGUGGUGGACGUGGACAUGGUCCCCAGUGUCAACCUCCACCGGGACUUCUUGUCCAUGCUACGACGGGAAGAUGGAGGCGGUCGCCGUGACCGAUUGAUUGUGUUCGUAGUGCCGUCAUUUGAGAUACGCCACUCUCGCCGCGUGCCAGACACCAAGGCGGAGCUCCUGCGCCUCCUCGGGGCACUGGAGUUGCGGCCGUUCUAUGACGAGCUGUGCCGCAAGUGCCAGGCGCCCACCGACUAUGCACGCUGGGCGGCGCUGGCUCCCGCGCCAGGACUGGCGCCAGCAUACGAGCUGGAGUGGCGCGACCCUUGGGAGCCGUUUUACGUCGGCCCGAGCGCCGCGCCGCCGUUUGACGAGCGCUUUCAGCAGUACGGCUUCAACCGCAUCAGUCAGACAUGUGAGCUGCACGUCGCUGGAUACCGCUUCGCUGUGCUGGACAACGCCUUCCUGGUCCACCGUGGCUUCAAGCUGCCGGGAGAGUUCCACGCUGGCAAGGAGGCCGAGCAAGAACGCAACCGCAUCCUCUUCCGCCGCUUCAAGCAGGAACUUAAGUUGCGCUACGCCGACUCCCCCCGCCGCUGCUGACCGACCGUCAUCCUUCACCAACAUCGGCAUCAUCUGGGGGAAGGGGGGUGGCGGGUGGCACCACUUUAAAAUUUUGCUGACGGCCAUGGCGGAGUGGGGAGCAUGAGGGUUGAGGCGAUGCUGCCGAUGUUAAAUAAUGAACACAGUCCAGUCAUCACGGAGGUGCUGUAGCUGAGGGGUAGGACACCUGGCGGCCGAGUUUAACACAUGAAAGGACACCGCUCAUCCCUGCCACGGAUUACAGAGCAAACAGUACAGCGUUUUCACCGAGCCAUACUGAAAAUGUACGAGUGCUAUUUAGUUUAUCUUAAAAAUGACAAGUAGUUUAAAAGUAAUGAUAUUCUGUUUACCAUGAAAAUUACGUCAGUAAGCUGACCACGUGAAUUUUUAGUGGUGGGGGCUCCAUGCCCCCUUCCCCACAAUCAUGCUGCCUGUUAUCACCACUGCCAGUGUCGCAGUGAUGCCUUGAUGACACGACUGCCAAAAACACAAAAACCUGUUGGUUGAUUAAAAUGGCUAUUCAAUCUUAGAGCUCUAAAAAAAGCAAUCGGUAUGUCCAAUGACAGUUUUUUAAGUAACUAGAUGUGGUGACACGCUUGUAAUCCAGUUAUUUUAGAAGCACUGGUUGAUAGUUGUGAACAGUGUGAGGUGGUCAAGAGGUGGCAGCAUAGCAAGUGGGUUUAAGAACCUGUCCUUAUGGCACUUUGUUAAUUUCCCACUCCUCCGCUUAACACGGUUGGCUACGUACGGUGUGAAAGUAGUUCAACAUACAUCCACUUAACUGAAAAGUAAACACAUUUGGCAACGUUAUGAACUGUAUUGGCCAAACAUCUCAAUACAGCAGGACCCUCAAGGUAUUGUGUAUGAAUAACAUACAAAUUUACUAAUUAUAAGCUUUGUAUCAUGGUAUUACAGUGCUAUUUUAAUAUUUAAUGACCUUGUUAACACAAUAGUAAUUCAGUUAUCACCCUGACAAACCCACAAGACCCCCACUUGCCGUUCUUCGUUGGUGCAAAUGUACAAAAUCCAAUCCUCAACAUUAAAUGGCAUUCAACAGAAAAGUAUGGUGAUAUAAGAUAUGAUGGUAGAGCUAAACCUUUAAUCAUAAUUGCACAUUUGUUCUCUAUAAAUCACCUUUUGCAUGUACUGUACUAUUAUGCUCAACAUACACAGCAGCGAGCUUCCUGGCCUCUGGCCUAUAAAACAUUGUAAAUGUGAAUUCAGUUUUAUCAUAAAUGGCACCGAUGACCAGAUCACCUGAAAUGUAUAUCAAAGAAUCGGAUCUUAGAAGCUAAGCAGGUUUUAACGUGAAUGAUAGUUGGAUAAGUGACCACCGUGCACACCAGGUUGUCAGGUUGCCGUGGACUUGUGCUUUGUGGGCAGUGCAGCAAAAUCUGUUGUACCGAACUGUGCUUCCACGUCUAUGAUACCCCACCUUCGAUCUCCACUUAUCAUCGUGGUAAAGUAUGGUUAAAUAAUGCACCUUAUCCAUAUAGUGGAGAGCCCUCGACAAUGGGGCUGUACGUGUGUAUAAUAAAUGGUAACACCACAAGUAUCCCUAAUCCUAGCUUGACUUUAAAUUACUGAUCGAAGAUUGUUGAUGUACGUCAUGUGCUGUCAGACACCAACUCCCUAGAAACACUGCAAUAUGAAGCAGUGUUUUCAUUGAUGUAAAAAGGAUAGUUUUUUUGGUAUGUGUGAUGCACUGUAUUUUCCCCUCGAUUUGGUGCCGUGAUGUAUGGCAAAUGUUUGCGUUUUAGUUUAUGGAAUAAGCCCGCGGUUUUCCCGAAUGACUUUAAUAAAUUAUUUUGUCAACAAAACCUUGUAAUUUUAUGCACUACCUACAAAAAAACAAUGGUGGCAAUUGGUGCUGAGCUAGUGGUAAAUUAGACCACAUGGCAAAGUCACCUCUACGAAAAUCACUCUUAAUGCCCGAUCAGACCAGAUCUCAGUGGGAUUGAGCUCGUUAGUCUUGGGAUGGGAGACUCCGGGAACUCCAGGCGAUGCAGCCUGUGAGGUGUGUGCGGAGUCUUGCCAUCUCAUACAUGGGCAGUUUUUUUUCUCACGUGCUCUGGUUUCUCUCACUUAGACCAAACACUCAGUCAUGGAAUUGAUGCAAUACCCGCCUCAAAAAAGUGUUUUGGGGGAAAAUGGAUGUUAAAGCAUGCGGCCACAUUUUAACAUGCAAUAUUAAAAAUCUGGAUAUUAAAUUUAACCUCUGCUCGAUUUUCACAACUGUAUAUUUUUUUGACUCAUUCUGAAAUCAGGAUCGCAUCCCGAAUACGUAUCCUGUUUACAUUUAUUUCCGACAGUUACUUGAUCAAUAAAGGAAGUUAUGCAUA